AUGAGGUUCACCGUGCUCCCAAUGUCAUUAGAACCUUUGCGACAUCACAGUCGUGAAUCUGCAAGUGACCACGAGGGGUCGAGGUGGGGGAUAUCUAAUCCGCUUGCGUCCUUAUCCAUAAAGGAGAUUGUAGGGAUCCCUUUAUGGACAUAUGGGAGGCCUCCCAUGAUCAUGCUGACUUGUCGCUUCGGUGGUGGAGGUAGGUCGUCGUGGUCAUCACGAUUCCUCUUCCCAGGCGGGGCUUCCGGUUUUCUGCAUCCUUCUUCGGACGGGGUUGUCGUCCGCGCUUCUCCUGUUGCCCAGAUUUUGGUGGUCUCGGCGGGAAGCUUUUUCCUUGGGACCUAUCGCCGUCCAUUGGCGGGAUUUCUCCUCGAUGGUACAUGCGCAUAA